CCUGUGCCUCCCGCAGCUUGACGCCUCUGUGGAUUUAUCAGCGGAGCCGCGGCGCUGAAGCUGAAUAUUGAACUGGUGUCCGCAGACGUGCAGCAGCAACCUGUCACCAUGAAGAGGACUGCUGGCUUCAUUUUCCUAGCCUUCUGUGCUGUCUCAGCGCUGUCAUUGGCUGAAGAUGAAAAGAAAUCCAAACCUUCUGUAACCAUGUCGCCUGCGGAUGCAUUUAGUGCCUCACUGCCAACCACCGCCGCCACUCACAAGACCACCACUCAGAAGACCACCACCCCCAACCCUACAACCACCACCCCCAAGCAUACAACCACCACCCCUAAGCCUACAACCACCACCCCUAAGCCUACAACCACCACCCCCAAGCCUACAACCACCACCCCCAAGCCUACAACCACCACCCCAAGCAUACAACCACCACCCCCCAAGCCUACAACCACCACCCCCAAGCAUACAACCACCACCCCCAAGCCUACAACCACCACCCCCAAGACUACACCCCCACCUCCUCCUAAACCUACUCCCCCCGUUAACCUGACUGUAGGAAACUAUAGCCUAAUGACAGACAAAAAAGUGGUUUGCCUGUUGGCUCAGAUGGCGCUACAGAUCCGACUGGCAACACCAAAGACCAAUGGAACCUUCAUUGUUCAGCCACAGUUGACCAAAGCAGAAGGAGGUUGUCAGGAAACCAAGGCCAACCUUACCCUUGUCUUCAAAGAGGGCUUCAUCACGUUCAUGUUCAACAAGAGCACUGCUGAUAAUACUGUCUACGUUGAUGCUCUGUCUUUUGUCCUCUCCUACCCCUUCAGCAAAGGAGGUAACAGUCAGUACAGUGCCAACAACAAGUCAGUGCAGCUCUUCACUGCAAAGGUCGGACACUCCUACUCCUGCAAGGGCGAAUCACUCUACAUGGGGAACGGACUGUACCUGGAUGUCAAUCAAGACAGGAUGCAGGCCUUCAAUCUGACCAAGAGCAACGACUUUGGCUCUCCUGACCCCUGUGCUGCUGACCAGCCUGACUACCGCGUUGCUAUUGCUGUGGGAGUGACGUUGCUGGUGCUCAUUGUCAUCGUGGUGGUAGCCUACCUGCUGGGCCGCAGGAGGAGGGCCGAUGGCUACCAGUCUCUGUGAGGGAGGCUGGGCAGAGGUCACUCCCAUUAUACACCAAAGUCAGUGAGGCUGUGAUCUUUCUCAGGGGCUAAAGGGCACUUCCACUAAAACCUCCCAUUUUUCUGUCCUUUUAUGUCUUGGUUUACAUAAUUUACUGUUAAAGUCCCAGUUAUAGAGGCUGGAGUGUGCCACUGGAAUAAGUGUAGAUCUUAGAAGUGAUUGAUUGUAAGCAAUUAAUAAAUUGGCCCAUUUAAAUGCUAUUAUAAAUUGAUUAAUCAAAUUAGCAUUUAAAAGUUGUAUUGAUAAAUUCAAAGUAAGAAAUUAAUGAUAAAAAGAUAAUUCAAUUUGCAGAUGAAUCCCUCUAUUCUGUCUUUAAAUGCUGAAUUAAUAAUUGCAUUAUUGGCCAACUAUUAUGUGUUGGCGGAUGACUGGCCAAUUAGAGCUCCAUCUUGGGACACUAAAAAUGAUGAUGUUAAUAAUGACACGUCUAUACAGACUGACAUCUUCAUAGAUUCUUGUAAAAACUGACCAAAAUGUCUCAUUAGAAUCAGUUCAGGUUAUUUUUUUCCCAUAGACAGCCAGUGUAUUAGUGGUAAGUACUGUGAUAAUUAUGUCAUUCUAUAUUCAGUUUUUAACAAGAGGUUAACAUUGACUCCUUUUAUCAGUCUAAAGUCACAUUAUACUCUCACUGAGCAGUGGAUACGUGAAGUAAAAUAAAGUUAAGUCAGAUUUUACCAUGUGUUCUAUCUAAAUUAUACACAGCUUGUCUCAGCAAAUACAGGAUAAAUUCCAUUUAAAUUUCUCUUCAUUUUUGUAGGAUUGUGUGUUUAAGUGUUUUGUUAUUAAUUUGAAUCAGAUCUUGUGUAUUCUGUCAUCCAGGGAUUUUAUUUUUUAAAUAGAAGGGAAGUAAUCUAAUCACUAACUUUACAGGUGAUUAUACUGAGUGUGUUUGCAUCAUUAAUAAGCACAAAGGGAAAAUAAUAUAGUUGUUUGUCCUACCUGGUCAACAAUAAUUGCACUGAUUGCUGUCCCAACUAAUUACCUUUGUCUUUUUCAUACUGUAGCUUAUGCUGUGUUUUCAUAAAUAUAUACAGGGAUGGACAAUCCAUGUGGGUCAGUAAUGAGUUUAGUCUGAUCCUGAUUAGAUUUUUAAUGGUUUAUACAUUCAUCACAUCUCAGGAGUCCAUCUCUCCUCCCCCACCAAGUCUACUCUAUACUGCCUUAAAGGAAUAGUUCAAAAUUUUGGGAAAAAGGUUCAUUUGCUUUUUAGCUGUUUCCCCUGUCUUUAUGCUAAGCUAAGAUAACUGUCUCCUGGCUCUAGCUGCACAUAUAAUGGACAGAUAUGAGAGCGGUAUGGAUCUUAUCUAACGCGACAAGAAAGCAAAAAAGCGUAUUUCCCCAAAUGUCGAACUGGUCCUUUUAAAUAUGCAAAACUGACAGACUGAUUGUGUUGUGCAUUAAUGCACCUAAGUGGACAUAACAAAGAAACAUUAUACUGUUUAGAAAACAAUCCCAUCAAAAUGUCCAUUUAGUAGCUGUUUUGUUGCUUUCGAUCAUAUCGCAUUUUUUCUAAUCCCCAAAUCCUAGCUUCAUGUUUAAGGGUCAGUUUACCCAAAUUUUAAAGACACACAUUUUCUCCCAUACCUCUAGUGGUAUCUGGCCAUGCAGGUGGUUUCAGUUUUAUGUGCUCAGGUUUUGAUACUUUAAUACAAUGAAGGUGAAUGGAAUUUCAUUUGUGCUUCUCAAAGCAUUGAAAAAUUACAUCUGAAAACUGAAUAGUGACUCCUAUUUCUUAUAUUCUCCUAUUUUAUCAGAGUAACCGUGACGUUGUUUCUGGAAAAACAAGCUGCUGAUGAGUUUUUCAAAAAUAAUUUUUCAAUGCUGUACACCUCCAAUGUUUUGGGGUGGAAGCAGAAAUCUCAAAGGCAGAUAUCUCAGAACCUAGACAAAUAAAACCAAACCAAACAUAGUUAAAUACCACCAGAGGUAGGUGAGAAAAUGUUUUGUUUUUGUGUGUGUGUGAACUGAACCUUUAAGAAUUCUGAAAAGUAUGCUAGAUUUACCUUUAGUAAUACUCGCUGUGCUUGUGUUGAUACAGUAAAAAGUGGCAUGGCAGGAGGAGUAGGCUGUCUGGAUGUGAUGUUAUCGAUUCAGUCCGUCCCUGUGUAAAUGUCCCUCAGUGACUGUCAGCUUCUGCAGUAGGUUUAAAGAGUAGUAGUUGUAGAAUUGUACAGUAAUUGAUUUGAAGGAUCAGACCAGCUGCUCACAGCUGCAGUUCCAAAUUUCAUCCAUCAGGUGAUGCUGUGAAGUUAGGAAGUGAACAGAAAUGAGGGACCUUACUAUAUGUACAGUUAUCCACGGUGUGUGAGCACUUUUAGCUGUUAACUUCCUGUGCCAAUAAAGCCUGAUGUAUUUCUAAA